GCGGGGAGGCGAGCAAGAUGGCGCGCGGUGGAAAGAAGCAGAAGCUGCGGCGCCUCGCCAGGGCGCAGAGACGGAGCCGAGGUCCGGGACAGAAGCAACUGAAAAAAGAUCCAGGCGUCCCCAACGUGGCCCCUUUCAAAGCGCAUGCACAGCACGAGGCAGAGAAGAGGAAGCAAAGGAUGGAGGAGCGGAAGGAGCGGCAGAAGGUGGCUCGGGAGAGGGAGGUGGCCGGGCGCCGCAGUCUCGAGGGGCUCCAGCGAGACGCUGAGAGGCGGCAGCAGCAGUUUGAGCAAAAGGAGAGCGACAUGGAGGGAAUCCGGGCCCACACGAACCUGGAGAGCGAAACGUCGCGGAAGGCGUACUACAGGGAAUUUCGGAAGGUGGUGGAGGCCUCGGACGUGGUGCUGGAGGUGCUAGACAGCCGGGACCCGUUGGGUUGCCGCUGUCCCCAGGUGGAACAGGCCGUGCUGCAGUCCGGCUCCAGCAAGAGGAUCGUCCUGGUGCUUAACAAGAUCGACCUGGUGGCCAAGGACGUGGUGCAGAAAUGGUUAAAAUAUCUGAGGAAUGAGCUGCCGACCGUUGCCUUCAAGGCCUCCACUCAAUUACAGAACAAAAACCUGCACCGGAGCCGAGUUCCCGUGGACCGGGCGUGCGCUGACCUCCUGCAGAGCAGUGCGUGCGUGGGGGCCGACAACCUGAUGCGUCUGCUGGGGAACUACUGCCGUAACCAGGGCCUCAAGACAGCCAUCACCGUGGGAGUGGUCGGAUUUCCGAAUGUCGGGAAGAGCAGUCUCAUCAACAGCCUGAAGCGAGCACGCGCCUGCAACGUAGGGGCCACCCCCGGCGUCACCAAGUGCCUACAGGAGAUCCACCUGGACAAGCACGUCAAGCUGCUGGACUGUCCGGGCAUCGUCAUGGCCAGCUCCUCGUCAGAUGCCGCCGUCAUCCUCCGCAACUGCAUGAAGAUCGAGCAGCUGGCAGACCCCAUCCAGCCGGUAGCUGCCAUCCUUCGUCGCUGUAACAAGGAGCAGGUCAGGCAGCACUACGGGGUGGGGGAUUUCCGAGACGCCCGGGAGUUCCUGGCGCUCCUGGCCCGGCGGCUGGGUCGGCUCAAGAAGGGCGGCGUGCCGGAUCACGAGAAGGCAGCCAGGACCGUCCUCACGGACUGGACCAGCGGCAAGAUUCGUUAUUUCACUCACCCCCCCGAGACUCACACCCUCCCAACGCACAUCAGCGCCGAGAUAGUCAGCGAGCUCGGCAAAGCCUUCGACAUCGAGGAGCUGGAGAAGGGAAACCUGGAGGCCCUGAGUGAGAUGGCGUCUUCGCCGGAAGACACCGGGAUCUGCAUGGAAACGGCUGGCCCGACCCGUGGCGAGAGUCCGCUGCCCCCAGACACCGAAAUGGCAGAGGGCGGAGCGAGCCGAGAGAAGGACCCCGCUGAUCAAUCUGACGGACAGGUGACGGUGCUGCUUGCCGGGGGGAGGAGCAGGCCGACGCAGGAGCCCGAGAGCAGGAGGGAGCAGGGUCGCUGGGACCUGAACUCAGUCCGCGAGGUGGAGCCCCUGCGGCAGGGGCAGGCGCUGAGGGCGGCCAACAGGAGGCGCCGGCGGCUACAGAAACGGGCAGACAAACUGGCCACCAAGCUGUCGGACACCCUCAACGCAGCCAUGGACCUGUCGCUGGGGGAGUGAGGGCGGUUGCAGGGUCCACACCACCCCUCUCCCCCCUCCAGCAAGCAGCGAGAGUGGAGCCCCUCUCCCAGAACCGCUUCACCCCAGGGCGGGGACUCCGAAAUAAAUGGGUGUGGCACUGUCGGAUUCAAGUUUUAUUAUCAUUCAACCAUGCAUGAUAUAGCCGAAUGAAACAGCACCUUGCUCCAAGUCCCUGUGUGGUAUGACUCCAGAUGGCCUGGUUCAGCUUGUUCUUCCACCGACUGAACACUGGAGGGCAGCACUGAGCGAGCACCACCGGGCAGGGCAACACCGAGCGAACGCUGGAGGGCAGCACUGAGCGAGCACCACCGGGCAGGGCAACACCGAGCGAACACUGGAGGGCAGCACUGAGCAAGCACCACUGGGCAGGGCAAGGCAGCACUGACUGGAGGGGACCUCUCUCCAAGAUGGGGGGAGUCGUCCCUCACCCACACACUUGGUGGGGGGGCAAUAAACCCAACCGUCCCCACACAUUUAAUGUGGGGAGGGGGGAUCCGGAGUGCUCAGGCGGGGGUGGGGGGAAUAUGGGAAAAACGUGCAGAGUCAAUAUGCAGUGAUUGGGAUGGAUGUAGGUUGCAUCGUGUCGAACCCUCGCCGCGAUGUGAUCACUCUUCCCCACAGGCGGAACUGAAAUGGCAGCCACACACGAUGGUGGGGCCAGUCAGCAGUGGCGCAAGGGUGAAAUUGAAGCAAAGGCCUUGUUCACGACUGACUGCCAGCUUUAUCCAUUUAAUGUUAUAUUUAUUUUUUUUAAAAAGCUUAAAAUACAAAUUCUUGAAUAGCA